CCAUUCCAGGUGAAACGAGACAAAAUUGACAUAGAGAAGAAUUCUCGGGUGCCAGCAGUAAUGGCGACGCGAUUUGGAGCGCGAAAAGCGGGGAUCCUGGAGCAGCUGAAUGCGCCCGACAGCGACUACCACGAUCUGUCGCCCAAGGGGACCGUGGACGAGCCGAUCCGCGCUCUGAUUCACGACAUUAACAACGUGCGAGGCUUGGUGACUACUAGCAGCUGCUCUGGCAGGAUCAGCGUCUUCCUCGAAGGGCGGAGAGCAGACCCCAAUUGCGCUGAGCACCACCAGGAGACGACUGUUGCGGGACCUGGUGGCAAAGGAGGCGGCAGCUCGUGGCUUUUUAUAUCCCAUGAGAGGGUACCUCUGCCCGCAGAAGCUACGGGGGAAAGCUCCUUCCUGUCUACAUUCAACUUGAAAGAAGUAGCGACGUCUCUCGACGUCUCUCUCGACGUGUCAACCCGGUAUAUACAUUUGAAAUUCGAGCCAAUGAUUCUCCACAUUCUCACGGCAUCCAUGGAGGAUGCGCAAAGAGUGCUUACAGCCGCUCUCAGCGGCGGGUUUCGAGAGAGCGGCGCCGUCAGUCUGCAGCCAGCAGCCAAGUCGGGCGAAAUGAAUCCCAUGGUGGCUGUACGAUCAACCGGGUAUUCCUUCGAUGCCGUUAUCGGGUAUCAGAGAGACGACGGCGAGAACGUGGCUCUGGUGAAUGAAGUCUAUCUACGCACUCUAAUCGCCAUGGCCAAUGAGCGUUUCAACACCAACAGCGAGCGGAUACGAAGAUUCAGAGAUGCGCUGCUCGAGCAGUAUGCGCAGCCUUCCCACAAGACGUCCACGGACCUUGGGGGGACGAAAUGGGAGGAUGCAGAGACGAGGAGGCACCGCAAAAGAGAGGAGGGCUUGGCACGCCAGCGGGCAUUGAAGGAGGAGCGACAGGAGAAGAACGACGCCAUGGAUGAUGGCACUUUAAUAUAA